UGUUCUGUGAAGGUUCCAGUCCAAUGGUUCAAGUUUCUUCUGGUUUAUUAAAUGACCAUUUUUUAGAAAAUAUUGGAUCUGGAGUACCCAUUUGCCAAACUGUGUCAAGCCAAAAUUUUGAAGUAAGCACAUCACUUUCUUUGUUCUCUUAUGGUCUGGAAGGCAACCAAAUCUCGGGGAACUUCAUGAAUGCUUAUGAAAAAUGUGAUGACCUUGCAGAAUAUGCAUCUGGAGGGCAUAAUGAUCUGAAUGGUCAGAAUGGAAUUGCUUUUGUAAACAUUGACUCUUAUGAGCCAGAUAGCAGUGAUGGAGAGGAAGAUGAUGCUCAAGACAAGUUUUCUUUGGCAAGAGAAGCAGCAGGUGUAUUUCCAGAAACACUGGAUAACAUGGUUUUUGAGUUAGAAAAGGGCGUAGAGUCUUUUGCUGACUUACAGUUCCAAUUGUCUGCUCUGACCCACAGUGUUUCUAGUAAAUGUUGCAAAGAAGCAGAACUGAUGCCUUUAAUGAGAUAUUUUAGCAUAGACUCAGACUUGGCAGGUCCAAACAACAGAGCAUUUACAUCUUCUGCAGAUGAUCAGGCUAUAUUGAGAAGUAGGUUGAGUGGUGCCAAUUAUGAAACACAGCAGAUAGAAAAUACAGUGGAUGAUGGAAUCAGAAGUCCUAUAGCAAUUGCUGAUGAAUUAUAUAUCAAUUAUGAAAAGACUGAUGAAGAAAAGUCACUUGAGCUAGUUGUGAGACCUAAAAUAAGAAAACAAAAUACUGCAAACCAGUUGGAGAGAAAGAAGCUUCUCCCUAAUGAUGAUGAAGAGGAAAGUGAUUCCUGGAGAAGAAUUAAAAGUGGUGAAGUCCAGCAAGCCUAUGCUGAGUGUGUCUUGAGAAACAGCAAAGAAGAGAUGAGUUCUAAUAUGCUCUUUGAAUCAGAGUACCAGGGUCAUCAAAAGCACACAGAAAUAGUCCUAAGGAAAGAUGCAGCAGUUCAAGAACAAAAUGUUCAAGGCAAUAGCACUUUUUGGGAUGAGUUGGAAGAGUGCACCAAACACUUCUCAGUGUCUCACAAAGAUGAAGACAGCUCAGAAUGCAGUGAUGGAGAAUGGUCUACAGGUGUGCCUAUGUAUUUUACUGCUGCAGAAAAAGACCAGUCCUCAAGUGAUGAGAGCUGGGAGACUGUCUCUGGCAGGGAGGAACGUGAGCCUGAAGUGCAGAGCAGCAGCAGUGGUGUAGAAGAGGAGAGCACAGACUUCUAUUUUCAAGGAGGGGAACGGAUGUUAUUGGAGGAAGGUGAGAUUUGUUGGUUACAGUACCGGGAAGAAGGAGAAAGUAGCAGUGAUGAGGGAAAUGAUCCAAUUAGUGAUUUUGUGCAUCCUGGAUUCUUCCUGUUGGAUGGAAAUAACAACCUUGAGGAUGACUCCAGUGUGAGUGAAGAUCUGGAUGUGGAGUGGAGACUACUUGAUGAGUUUGGUGAUGGCCUAGGACUUGCUCAAGCCAUUCCUUAUGCGGAUCCUCAGUUUCUCACAUUUAUGUCGCUAGAGGAACACUUACAAGCUGCUAUGGAGAUUGCUCUGGCACAUUUGGAAUCUCUUGUAUUUGAAGUUGAUCAG